AUGUCUUCUUUCGAGCCGGUGGUCGUCAUCGACGGCAAGGGCCAUCUCCUUGGUCGUCUUGCCUCCAUCGUCGCCAAGCAGCUUCUCAACGGCCAGAAGAUCGUCGUUGUCCGCACCGAGGCCCUCAACAUCUCUGGCGAGUUCUUCCGUGCCAAGCUCAAGUACCACGCCUACCUGCGCAAGAUGACCCGUUACAACCCGACUCGCGGUGGUCCCUUCCACUUCCGCGCCCCGUCGCGUAUCUUCUACAAGACCGUCCGUGGCAUGAUCCCCCACAAGACUGCUCGCGGUGCCGCCGCUCUUGAGCGCCUCAAGGUCUUCGAGGGUGUUCCCCCUCCCUACGACAAGCAGAAGAAGAUGGUCGUCCCCCAGGCCCUCCGUGUCCUGAGACUGCAGCCCGGCCGCAAGUUCUGCACCGUUGGCCGUCUCUCCCACGAGGUCGGCUGGAAGUACCAGGACGUCGUUGCCAGACUCGAGGAGCGCCGCAAGGCCAAGGGUGCUGCCUACUACGAGCGCAAGAAGGUCGCUCAGCGCCAGCUCACCGACGCGAAGAAGAACGCCAAGGUCGACCAGAAGACGGCGCAGGCCCUCGAGGCCUUCGGCUACUAA